CGCCACGGGCUAACGGAGCCUGCGGGCUGCGCCCCCCGCCCGCGGGCACGCACCCAGGGUCAGAGGCGGAGGUGACUCCACCAGGUUUGUGAGAGACGAUGAAUUUGGCUGAGAUUUGUGAUAAUGCCAAAAAAGGGAGAGAAUACGCGCUUCUUGGGAACUACGACUCCUCUAUGGUAUAUUACCAAGGUGUCAUCCAGCAGAUUCAGAGACACUGUCAAUCAAUCCGAGACCCAGCAGUUAAGGGCAAAUGGCAACAGGUCCGGCAAGAAUUACUGGAGGAAUAUGAGCAAGUAAAGAGUAUUGUCAACACGUUAGAGAGUUUUAAAAUAGACAAACCUCCAGAUAUUCCUGUAUCCUAUCAAGAUGAGCCAUUUAGGGAUCCUGCUGUUUGGCCACCUCCAGUUCCGGCUGAGCACAGGGCUCCACCUCAGAUAAAACGUCCCAACCGAGAAGUUAAACCUUUGAGGAAAGAAUCACCAGGAUUGCAGCCGCGAGGGCCUGUGGGCAGAGCACACCCAAUAUCAAAAAGUGAAAAGCCUGCCAGUAGCCGAGAGAGGGAAUCUAGAGCUAAAGGGAGAGAGGACAAGGGUGUUCUGAUGGUUGGCCCCCCUGGGACUGGCAAAACCAUGCUAGCAAAAGCUGUUGCUACGGAAUGUGGGACAACGUUCUUCAAUGUUUCCUCCUCCACUCUGACGUCCAAAUACAGGGGCGAGUCUGAGAAGCUAGUCCGCCUGUUGUUUGAAAUGGCCAGGUUUUAUGCACCAACAACAAUCUUCAUUGAUGAAAUCGAUUCCAUCUGCAGCCGCAGAGGCACUUCCGACGAACAUGAAGCAAGUCGCAGGGUCAAGUCGGAGCUGCUGGUUCAGAUGGACGGAGUAGGUGGUGCACUAGAAAACGAUGACCCUUCCAAAAUGGUGAUGGUGCUGGCUGCUACAAACUUUCCCUGGGACAUUGAUGAAGCAUUGCGAAGAAGAUUAGAGAAACGGAUUUAUAUACCUCUGCCAACAGCAAAAGGCAGAGCAGAGCUGCUUAAGAUUAAUCUUCGGGAAGUAGAGAUGGAUCCUGAUAUACACCUCGAAGAAAUUGCUGAGAAGAUUGAAGGCUACUCUGGUGCUGAUAUAACUAAUGUUUGCAGGGAUGCCUCUUUGAUGGCAAUGAGACGGCGCAUUAACGGCUUAACCCCAGAAGAGAUCCGUGCACUUUCUAAAGAGGAACUUCAGAUGCCUGUUACCAAGGGGGACUUUGAGCUGGCUCUGAAGAAAAUCUCCAAGUCUGUUUCAGCUGCAGACCUGGAGAAGUAUGAAAAAUGGAUGGCGGAGUUUGGAUCUGCUUAACCUCAGUGACGUCUCUUCUGUGCUAUAGUUUUUUUUAAUCUUUUCCUGUUGUAAACUGUAAAAUGAGUUAGAAAUAUUUUAAAAGGUUUAAUAAAAGGUUUGAUAUUUUUUUUCAUCUCGUGACAAGA